UAUAUAUAUUCGUCCCAGGCAAACGCAGCUUCGCGUUGCAUCCAAGCUUUUGGAUAUUUCAGAGUGAAGACAGGUAGCGGAGAUGGAGAACGAGUUCCAGGAAGGAAAGGAGGAAGUUAUCCAAGCAUGGUAUAUGGAUAGCAGUGACGAAGACCAGAGGCUUGCCCAUCACCAUGAGCCAAAGCAAUUUGUUUCUAUUGACAGACUUGCAGAACUUGGUAUUAUUAGCUGGCGACUAAAUGCUGAUGACUAUGAGAAUGAUGAAGCGCUGAAAAAGAUUCGUGAAGCUCGGGGUUACAAUUACAUGGACAUAUGUGACAUUCGUCCAGAGAAACUGCCAAAUUACGAAGCGAAGAUCAAGAGCUUCUUUGAGGAGCAUCUACACACAGAUGAAGAGAUCCGUUACUGCAUUGCAGGAAGCGGUUAUUUUGAUGUGAGGGAUGAAAAGGAUCAGUGGAUUCGCAUAGCUGUGAAGAAAGGGGGAAUGAUUGUUUUGCCUGCUGGAAUUUACCACCGUUUUACUCUCGAUACAGAUAACUACAUAAAGGCAUUGCGGCUUUUUGUUGGCGAGCCCGUGUGGACUCCAUACAACCGACCCCAUGAUCAUCUCCCUGCAAGGAUUGAUUAUGUUGAUGCUUUUAUAAAUAAGGCAGCUGUUAGCCAUGCUGUGGAGGCACUCUGAGCACAUUUGCCUUAUCUCUAUCUUAUCUUUGUUACUGGAAUGCAUGUCUAUACUCUUAUGGCCUAGGUGGUGUUUUAUGAUGUUUUGAGUCGCGUUCCUAAAAUAAGAACUUUGGUUGUGAAGCCAAGUGCUUAUGUGGAUCUGAGUUUAUCCGAAAAAGAAAUUUGCAGCUGUUAAACGCUACUGAUAUGAUGCUAUCGUGUUCAAUAAAAUUUGACUAAUCUGCCUUU